AUGGCAAUCAGACCAAUUACCGGAAUGCUCCGAAGGGGCCUCGUCCUUGAUCUCAGCGUCGCUUUCGGUCUCGGAACAUCGUUCGGAUACGCCUUCUGGUACGGAUAUCACGUCCCAGCGGUCGCCAAGCGAGACGCAUACUACUCGAAAUUGGAGGACCAGAGAGCAGCCAAUGCCGCGGCAUAG